AUGGAGAAGGAAAUGAAAGAGAAACUGAGGAUGGAGUAUUUCCGAAGACUAAGGUUGGAAAGCUUCCUGAAUCUUCAUCCCGCGCUAAAACGUCUUUGUCCUUUAUGCAUUAACAAAGAAAAACUACUAGCUUCAGUAAAUGAAUCUAAUCCACUCCAACAAGGUCAGCAUAAAAAUAAUACAAAGAAUGGGGAAAAGAUGGAACCCAGGAGAAGAUGCGGUGUUCCUGACCGUCGAGGAUUACAUCUGAAUGUUUCAUAUGUUAGACUUGGAAAAAGAAGUCUUUACUGGACAAUAUACCACGGAUCCAAAUGGUAUAAGAAAGACUUGACGUACAACAUCAACACUCCACCGAAAUAUCCUAAUAAACAUCAACUGGAGUAUGUGAUAACCGCUGCCUUGCGGGCAUGGGAACGAGUCACACAGUUGACAUUCACUCGCAAGAGACGCGGCCCGGUUGACAUAGAAGUAAAUUUUCUCACUGGUAGACAUGGCGACGGUAGUCCAUUUGAUGGAAAUGGUGGCAUUCUGGCGCAUGCAUUCUUUCCCUACGACAACUCACCGGGUCUAUCAGGUGAUGCCCACUUUGAUGCGGACGAAGACUGGGGUUCGAGAAAUUUCAUCAACAGAAAUGCUGAACUCUACUGCGUUGCUGUACAUGAAUUUGGACACAGCCUUGGGCUGAUGCAUUCCCGAUGGCCCCUGUCUAUCAUGUGGCCAUGGAUGAAAGGAGACUGUACCCUGUCCAAAUUUGACAUUGCUGUCAUCCAAACGAUUUAUGGUGUCGCUAAAGGAGGAAUAUUUCCAAGACGUCCUUUUUUCUUCUUCCGGACCUUGCCAUCAUCGUCCUCAUCAUCAUCAUUGCCGUCAUCCCCAUCGUUGCCAAGCAAACCAAAAUCGACGGCGACAUCGCAGCCAUCAACUGCAUUGCCAUCAACAAUACUAUCGCAUGACACAACACAUGUGACCAGAGAAGUAUUAACACACGUGACUACAGGAGAAUCAACACACAUGACCACAGGAGAAUCAAUACACGUGACCAGAGGAACAUCAACACAUGUGACCACAGGAGCAUCGACACAGGUGACCACGAGCGCAGCAACCCCCGGAAUCGAACGCAAAACACGCGCGACCAGACCUUCAACCCAUGUGGCUAGACCUAAAACAAGCAAGGACAAACAAUCAACUCCACACGUGACAGAACACACUGUACGCUUGACUAGACGAAAAACGCAGGGAACCAGACCAACAACACACGUCACCAGAUCAACCGCACACGUGUCCAGCCGUAAAACAGACAAGUCUGGACCAUUAACAACACAUGUGAUUAGCCGAACAGAACACGAAACCAGAAAUGCAAACCACGUGACUAGACCAACAACACACGUGACCAAAUCAAUCUCACUCGUGUCCAGCCGUAAAACAGACAAGUCUGGACCAUUAACAACACGUGCGACCAGACGAACAGAACGAGUCACCAGAAAUGCAAACCACGUGACUAGACGAACAACAGAUGUGACGAGGCGAGCGAAAGAUGUAACCAGACCAACACAUGUGAUCAGUUCUAAAACUGACAGAUUUAUACCAUUAACAACACACGUGACCAGACGAACAGCAUACGUAACCAAACCAACAGCACACGUGACCAAGCCAACAGCACACGUGACCAAGCCAACAGCACACGCGACCAAGCCAACACCAGAUUUGACUAAACCAACACACGUGACCAGACGUAUAACAAAUGCAACUACUAGGGUCUCGUUAAACAUGACUACGACACCAGAGUCCGCAGAAACGGGUAACAGUAUUAUUAUUACUGCCAAGAGAACAGCAGCAACAGUAACAACAUCAUCUAAAACGACAAAAACAACAGCAACAACAGCAGCAGCAGCAACCGCGGCAGUGUAUUCGGCAUCGUUCGAAACCGAGGCCCCCACUAAUCAGGAUGUGACAGCAGGAUCUGAACGCCUGGCACAAACAUCUUCGCCAAACGAUCGAACAAAGGAACAUGUCUCAUCCACACUGCUUGAAGGGAACCGUACGCCAACUGAAUAUUUGUUGGCAAGGGAGACACCACCACCACCACCGUCAUCAUCAUCAUCAUCAUCAUCAUCGUCGUCGUCGUCUUUGCCGAAUGUUCGGUCAACACGCAAUGUAAAGGCAAAGACAACACAAUUUAUUUUGGGCCGGUCGACCCAGAUCACAGAGAAAGUUCGUGAUGCUGUGGGGGAAGAGAGUUCUUUACCAACGCCGCCGCCACCA